AUGAAGAUUAUCUUAGCCCCACAUGAGUUGAAAGUUGGAGAUGUAGUGACAGCAUCAAGAGGCAAGCCAGAGUCAAUUGCCAGGCUCAGACCAGGGGAUGCUUAUCCAUUACAGCAUCUUCCCAUUGGUACACUGGUACACAAUGUGGAGCUUCGACCAGGGCAAGGUGCACAGAUAGUGAGGGCGGCCGGCACGUGCGCGCAGCUCGUACACAAGACCGAAACCUUUGCAAGAUUGCGGCUACCUUCGAAGAAGGAGAAAGAUGUUCCUCUAGGAUGUCUGGCUUCUCUAGGGAGAGUUUCCAACAUCGAUCACAAGAAUCGAGUUAUAGGCAAAGCGGGUAGAAACCGAUGGCUUAACAGAAGGCCUAAAGGACAAACUGGUUUGGAUCGCACUCACUGGAAGAAGAAAAGAGUGUGA